AUGGCAGAAAUCAACACCCCUUUCACCUUUACUGUCUGGAGACGUGCACCAGUGCUUAUCCGCCCCACUAAGCACAACAAAGGUGAACUAAAGCUUCUAUCUGACAUUGAUGAUCAAGACGGGUAUCGGAAUCAAAUACCAGUGAUUAUGUUCUAUCGUGGUAAUCCUAAAAUGAGAAAUUAUGAUCCGGUGAGUGUGAUCAAGGAGGCACUAGCAAAGGUUCUAGUCUUUUAUUAUCCGUUUGCUGGCCGACUCAAGGAAGGUCCUGCGAGGAAACUUAUGGUGGAUUGCACAGGCGAAGGUGUGUUAUUUGUUGAAGCUGAUGCAAAUGUAACAUUGGAUCAAUUUGGAGAGGCACUCGUUCCACCAUUUCCUUGUUUUGAUGAGCUGCUUUAUGAUGUUCCUAAAUCUUCUGGCAUCCUCAACUCGCCAUUGCUACUUAUUCAGGUGACACGACUUUUAUGUGGAGGUUUCAUCUUUGCUUUACGACUCAACCACACCAUGAGUGACGCAUUUGGAAUCGUUCAAUUUAUGAGAGCAUUAGGUGAAAUGGCACGGGGUGCAUCAUCACCAUCAACUUUGCCUGUGUGGCAAAGGGAAUUCCUAAAUGCAAGGAAUCCACCACGUGUGACAUGUACUAAUCAUGCAUUUGAUGAAAUCAUAGACACCAACACGGAUAUAACCACACGAAUGAAUAGUAUGGUUUUAAAACCUUUUUUCUUUGGGCCGAUUGAGCUGUCAAACUUACGUAAAUUUGUUCCGAAACACCUGAAAUCUUGCUCUACUUUUGAUGUGGUAACGGCUUGUCUAUGGCAUUGUCGUACCAUGGCUCUCCAGCUAGAUCCUAAAGAGGAGGCUCGGAUUGCAUUUGUUGUCAGUGCGCGUACCAAAUUUAGUCCCCCCCUUCCAAAAGGAUAUUAUGGAAAUUGUAUUGCCAUUACCGUUGCCAUUUCCACGGUCUUUGAGCUAUUAAACAAACCCUUCAGUCAUACAUUAGAGAUUGUGAUGAAGGCUAAAACUUGUGUCAACGAAGAGUACAUGAGAUCUCUUGCUGACAUGUUAGUAAUCAAAGGACGACCCAAUGUCACAAUUUUUCAAAAUAAUAUAUUUUUUGUUAAUGACUUAACACUUGCUAGAUUUGAUGUUGUUGACUUUGGGUGGGGGAAGCCGAAAUAUGGAGGGCCAGGAACAACAGGCCCUCUUGAUUCUGGAUUCUAUUUUCCAUAUACAAACGCUAAGGGAGAGUAUGGAAUUGUGGUACCCAUAUAUUUGCCGAGUGUUGCGAUGGAAAACUUUGUCAAAGAGAUGAAUAAGAUGUUGGCUGAUCGAGAUAAUAAUUUACAUGCUCCUUCCAAACUAUAA